GGCUCGUGCGCCAGCCGUUCCUCCCGCCGGUCACAUCGUGCCCUCUCUUCUUCCCGUGUCCCCUCGCCGGCCCCGCCAUGCUGUCUCUAGAUUUUUUGGACGAUGUGCGGCGGAUGAACAAGCGGCAGUUUUCAGAAUUAAAGUGUUUCACUACCUUCAUGGCAUCCAAUAAGCUGUUGCCAGAUUAAUGUCUUCUCUCCUGUCCUCAAACUUCAGUAGAUCCUAUCCUCUAUUAUCAAGUCCUAAAUUUUGGAAUGAUUGUCUCCUCAGCACUAAUGAUCUGGAAGGGGUUAAUGGUCAUAACUGGAAGCGAAAGUCCGAUUGUAGUGGUGCUCAGUGGCAGCAUGGAACCUGCAUUUCAUAGAGGGGAUCUUCUCUUUCUAACAAAUCGAGUUGAAGAUCCCAUACGAGUGGGAGAAAUUGUUGUUUUUAGGAUAGAAGGAAGAGAGAUUCCUAUAGUUCACCGAGUCUUGAAGAUUCAUGAAAAGCAAAAUGGACACAUCAAGUUUUUAACCAAAGGAGAUAAUAAUGCCGUUGAUGAUCGAGGCCUCUAUAAACAAGGACAACAUUGGUUAGAGAAAAAAGAUGUCGUGGGAAGAGCAAGGGGAUUUGUUCCUUAUAUUGGGAUUGUGACGAUCCUCAUGAAUGACUAUCCUAAAUUUAAGUAUGCUGUGCUCUUUUUGCUGGGUUUAUUUGUGCUGGUCCAUCGUGAGUAAGAAGUCUGCCUUGCUGUCCUGGAAGAUGCUGUACUCUCUGUUCCUGAAUGUUGGGAGUAGCUGCCGAUCUGCGGUUGGUGGAGUGGAGAGCACAUCGGCGCUUCCUGGCUGCGCUGGUUUGCAUUCGUUUAUGUUUCC